ACCAUUACUCCGACCGAAUAACGAGAAAAUAAAAAUCCUAGGUCGUAAACCCAUUGGUCGAAGCAUUAUAGAGACAAUUUCAAUAACCUGCAGACGACGCCGCAAACUAUGUCUCCGUUAGAGAGUCCUCGCAGCAUUGUCGAACGGAUCUGUUCAAAUGUAAUAUCAGAAUCCUCAUUGGGCCAAAUUCUUCGCGACGAGGAAACUUUGACCAAUGACUAGUUUGGACUUUCCAAGUUUUUCGACUAGUACGAGUAAUACGAUCGACUUGGGCGGGCACCUUCUUAACUAGCUCAACGAAAAGGGAGGUUUAGUCGGAGUAAGGGCAUACAGUUUGCAAAUACUGUUAAGUACAAUAUAAAACUGGUCCUGUAUUCCAUUUUUUAAUAGCCGUGAGGUAACGAGUUGCUGCGAAAGGAUCCUCGACGUGUUUUCGUUGGCAGAGAGACAGAGAGAGCGAGCGAGCGAGAGAGAGAGAGAGAGAGAAGCACGAUAAUGCCCGGCCCUCGGAAGCGUCGCCGUCGUCUGUUCGGACGCUGGAAGGCGUCAGCAUCGAUCAAGAUCGACAGAUCGAAUUCUCGAAAAUCCUGGCCUGGAAGCUCCGUAUGGUCGACGGUGUGUGCAAUCGAAUUAGGUCUGAUCAAGGACGACAGCCACCGGCGCACGUUUCCCUUGGUCGACGAGAGCAGCAGCAAGAUCAGCAGCCCCAGGAGAGCCGGAAGCUCCUUCAGCAGCUGGACGCACGACUUUCCCGAUAAUAAUAACAACGCAAGCACUGCUUUUAUCGAAACUCCGAAUUACUCGAUCAAAGUCCAAGAUGAAGAGUGGGGACUACUGGGCAAACCGGACUACUACAUUGCCAAAGAAAGGCCUCAGGAGGAACCGAAGGUCUUGGCGCGAUCCGAGAUAAUUGCCGAAUUAGGGAAGGUCGAUAACGAAGGUAAACGGACGAGAGGAAGUAGACCGACGGAGACUGGAGGUUCGCAAGUGAUCCCCAAUGGAGGAGACAGAGAUCCGACGCAGAAGAACGUCAAGACGGCCUGCCGUUCGAAAAAGACGCGUAGCGCGAGCCAGAAGACUGCCGAAGAAUCCAAUGGGCGAUUCGUUGAACGAUCCGGCGCCGAGAAAGAGAAUAGGCAGGCAGGAGAAACGGGAGAAUCGAUUGGCGAUGGACAUAAGGGAGAAGCCGCAUCUGCGGAGAAGCCGGAAGGCGGCGGGAAGAUUUCGAAGAGAGUUCUCAAAGAUAAUGGUCAGCCAGGAGCACGUGGUCCAAGACGGUCAUCAAGCGUGGCACGGGCAGAGACGUGGAGUAGUGGCUCAGCGCCGACUCGGAUGGAAAUAGAUAAUCGUGAAAGGACAAUUGGAAAUGAAAAAUACGACGGGAGGCCAUUAACGAGAGGUCAAAUGAGAAAUGCCCUACGAAUCGAGAAGCCGUGCCGGUUGGUCUCGGGGGCUUCGUCCGAGGUCGGUAGACUGGUCUGGGGCUACUGCAUGGGAUGGUGGCCAGCUCUGAUCGUCGACGCUGAGCACGUGGGUAUGGUUGCCACGCCCGAGAAGCUUUGGGUCUACUGGAUCGGCGAGUCGCGAAUUUCCCAGCUCAGGGCGAAGUCUCAGGUGGAACCGUUCUCGCAGAACCUCAAGUCUCGACUGAUAGAUCACCUGCGCAACAAGGCAGCUACAAAGGCCAGAACGAUCGCAUCGGUGGCCACGCUGAAGCUACUUGCCGAAAAACUGAAGAUCCUCUUGACAAGACCUUACUGCAGCUGGGCAGAAAGAGAAGUGGUACCGCUGAAAGCGAGCGAACUAAACGGAAUGAGCUUCUAUCCGUAUCCCUGCGAUGUAGAGGAAGAUCUGGAAAAUUUGCGCAAGGAAAACAUCAGAGCCAACGAGGCUUAUCUUCUCGACGUGGAGAAGAAGAAGAUGAAGGAGGAGCAGCAACAGAAGCAAAUCAUUUCAACUGCCUCGCCGAAGGAGAAUCAACCGCAGAAGAGCACCUCCGCCAGUGGCAAAGUCUCUUCGACGGCAACGACUGCGAGCGUUCGUCUCCCGGAGGAACAUCUUGCUCUGGCGGAUCAAAAGCCCGGCGUCAUAGCUUGGGCAAAGAUACCCGGGCAUGCAUGGUGGCCAGCAAUGAUAGUAGAUCAUCGGGAUGCUGGUAUGGAUGAACCUAAUUUCGGCUGCCAGUGGAUCAUCUGGUACGGCGACUACAAAUUGUCUCAGGUGAAUCAUCGAGAUUUUAUGGCAUUCGACUUGGGCUUCGAAAAAGUCCGCGAGUACACGGUGCAGGCCAAGAGAGUCUCCUAUGUAGCCGGCGUUCUCGAUGCGUCAAAGGACUACUGCUCGCGACUUGGUUACAAGACUGACCACUGGAAGUUGACCGAUGUACUGGGAUGGUUCUCUCGAACAAAUUCCCAUUCGAAAUGUCGGAGGGUGAUCGAGGCUGCUGACGAUUUGCCCGGAAUUACGGGACUGAACGACAAUCAGCUAAAAUAUACGGAGCGAAUUCUCAAGAAACUGCAAGAGUUUAAGGGAGAUCGAAAGGUCGCCGCGUUGCGCGAGAGCGCCAUCGAAAGGACAGGUCUAGCCAGUGAAGAAGUGGACGCUGCGGAACUACUUAAACGGUCCUGUCUCGUGUGCUUAGAAAUCCUUCGAGAUGGCAAUUGCCAGGAACAUCCCUUUUUCGAAGGAUCUGUAUGCGACGAAUGUAUGGAGCUUUAUAAGCCAUCCAUGUUUGCCUACGGGGAUGAUGGAAAGUGUUAUUUUUGCACGCUAUGCGCGGGUACCGACACAGUUGUCAUGUGCGAUGCGCACGACUGUCCCAGGGUUUACUGCACCGCGUGCUUGAAAUAUUUGAUAAGCCCGUACACCUACAGAGCGAUUCUCCUGGAAGACCCCUGGCUCUGCUUCUUCUGUAAGGAUGAUGCGAGACUCGCCUCGGAUGGAUUCCUAAAGUUCCGCUGCGACUGGAAGGAGAGAAUCCUCCGAUUAUUUCAUAGAAAUAAUGAAUUUCUGUACUGGGAUCUUCCUCCCUCCGUCGACACAACCCGCAGAAAGAUGCGUGUCCUGUCGCUCUUCGAUGGUUUAAGUACCGGACUACUUGUACUUAGGAAGCUGGGCAUCAAGGUAGAGUGUUAUUACGCAAGUGAGAUUGAUCCUGAUGCCGAGGCUGUCAGUGUUGCCCAUUUCGGAGACAGAAUCAUUCGUCUUGGUGACGUUAGGAACAUUACGAGAGAAACAAUCAAUGACAUCGGACCUAUCGAUUUACUAAUCGGGGGAUCGCCUUGUAACGACCUGAGUCUCGCCAAUCCUUAUCGAUUAGGACUGCACGAUCCCAAAGGGACUGGUAUACUCUUCUUUGAAUACUGCCGCGUUUUGAAACUACUAAACGAGACGAACGGAGAUCGUCAAUGCUUCUGGCUCUUUGAAAAUGUCGCGUCAAUGCCGAGCAAAUACAGACUGGAAAUUAACGCGCAUCUCGGCCGAGAGCCCGAUUUCGUAGAUUCGGCAGACUUCUCCGCUCAGCACAGACCGAGGCUCUACUGGAGUAAUCUGCCGAUCGUCUCGCAGCACUCACUCGAUACGCAAGACCUCCAGGACGUACUGACGCCAAACUGCAAUCGACAGGCCCUCGUUAAAAAAAUUCAAACCGUCACGACGAGAGUGAAUUCUCUGAAGCAAGGUAAAGCGCUUUGCAAGCCGGUGCUCAUGAACAACAGGGAGGAUUCAAUAUGGAUAACUGAGCUCGAGGAGAUAUUUGGUUUUCCACGACAUUUCACAGACGUGAAGAAUUUAUCGGUAACAAAACGGCAGAAAUUAAUUGGCAAAUCUUGGAGCGUACAAACCCUUACCGCCAUUUUACGUCCCCUACGCUACUUCUUCGAAAUCACGGAAAUCGAACCAUAAUUCAUGCACAAUCACGUACAAAAGGGCACAC